AUGGCCGCACCCGACCCCAAGGAAGCGUGGCAGCGCAUCCAGAACGAGCUGACCCGCCGCACCGCGCGCUUCGGUGGCUCCGGCGGCGGCGCCCCGAAAGGAACGGCCGGCGGCAUCGCAGGCCUGGUGCUGCUCGGCGGCGGGCUCUGGCUGGCGAACAACGCGCUGUUCAACGUCGACGGCGGCCACCGGGCCAUCAAGUACACGCGCCUAGGCGGCGUGCAGAAGGAUAUCUACAACGAGGGCACCCACUUCAACGUGCCGUGGUUCGAGACGCCCAUCACCUACGACGUGCGCGCAAAGCCGCGCAACGUCGCCAGCCUGACGGGCACAAAGGACCUGCAGAUGGUCAACAUCACGUGCAGAGUCCUGAGCCGUCCGCGCGUCGAGGCCCUGCCCCAGAUCUACCGCACCCUGGGCACCGACUACGACGAGCGCGUGCUGCCGUCCAUUGUGAACGAGGUGCUGAAGAGCGUGGUUGCCCAGUUCAACGCGUCGCAGCUCAUCACCCAGCGUGAGAAUGUGUCGCGCCUGGUCCGCGACAACCUCGUCCGGCGAGCCGCGCGCUUCAACAUUAUGCUCGACGACGUCUCACUCACCCACCUCGCCUUCUCGCCCGAAUUCACCGCCGCCGUCGAAGCCAAGCAAGUCGCCCAGCAAGAAGCCCAGCGUGCCGCCUUUGUGGUCGACAAAGCCCGCCAGGAGAAGCAAGCCACCGUCGUGCGCGCGCAGGGAGAAGCCCGCUCGGCCGAGCUGAUCGGUGACGCCAUCAAGAAGUCGCGCACGUACGUCGACCUGCGCGAGUUUGAGAACGCAAAGAACAUUGCCCAGAUCCUGCAGCAGUCGGCCAACAAGGUCUACCUCGACUCCGACGGCCUGGGUCUCAACGUCAGCCAGACGACGAGCGACAAGGAGAAGCGCGCGAAGCAGUAG